AUGCUGCACAAUUCGGUGUUGCACGUCGCCAUUAGCUUCUGGUAUCCGAUGCAUUUGACCCUGGGACUAUUGAGUUUACCCAACCAGGGUGAAAUUUUCAAAAACCUAUCGAUAACCAUAACCUGUAUUGUGUGCACCAUGAAGCACAUCCUGUUGAGAAUGAAACUGAAGCAGAUGCGCGAUAUAGAGAAUUUAUUGGUAGAGUUGGAUGACAGUGUUGGAAGUCGGGAAGAAUAUGAAUAUUUUACUAAUGGACCAAAGAAGUAUGCCCAGUGGAUAGCUAAAGCGUAUUUAUACUUCUAUAUGGGAGCCAAUGUCGCAGCUAUUUCAAUGGUACUGUUGGACUCUGAGAGGAGACUUAUGUAUCCGGCUUGGUUUCCAUUUGAUUGGAAUUCGUCGUCGUUGGUUUACUGGUCAGUGUUGAUGUAUCAGUUUAUGGGAGUUACCACGCAAAUUGUACAGAAUUUGGUGAAUGAUGCUUCAGCUGGUGUUUUGCUUUGUCUCAUGAGUGGCCAUGUCCAUCUGUUGAGCAUGCGAGUGUCAAGAAUUGGUCACGAUUCCAAGAAAAUGGAAAAAGACAAUCUCGUCGAUUUGGAAAAGUGUGUGGAAGAUCACCUGAAACUAAUUAGAUUAUUUAAAUUGAUUGAAGAUACCCAAUCGUACGUGCAAUUGAUUAUGUACAUUUCGAAUGGACUGAAUAUUUGCGUAGCUGUAGUGUAUUUGAUAUUCUUUGUCGAAAGUAGGGCGGCUUAUCCCUACUAUGUCAUAUUCAUAUUGGCGAUUUCUUUUGAAUUAUAUCCGAGUUAUUAUUAUGGCAGUAUUUGCCAACAGGAAUUCAACGAUCUAACGUAUUCGAUAUUUUGCAGUAACUGGACAGAUCAAUCAAAGCGUUUUCGCAAAAACAUGAUGAUUUUUGUCCAGAACACAUUGGCCAAAGUCACUAUGAAAUCUGGGGGAAUUGUGGAGAUGCAAAUAAAAAAUUUCUUUGCCAUUUGCAAAAUGACCUAUUCUUUGUUUACUCUAGUCAGGAGUAUUAAAUAG